AUCCAAUUAUUCAAAAUGGCUGGACUGGUUUGUUUGUCUGGUCGGUCAGGAAUUAAAACGAUAAGAUAAGAUACACGUUAUCAUUGAGUGCUCUCUGAUGUAGGAUCCAGUAGGAAAUUGAACAUUCUUACUUGUCACGGUUUAUCGGUUGAGUCUUUCGACUUAACCAGACGGAUUUUAUUGUAAUUCCAUCUGCAUUGUCGUUUCGCUAAUUGUUUCAUGAAGCGGUUAAUUAUGAGCGAUUCCUCGGUUGAAUGGAGAAUAAUUCCUGUCGAGGAGUUGAGAAAAUGGAACCUCUUCAGCACUAUGGACGACUACUUUUUGCAAAAUAUUCGACUUGCUCAUGCCCACGGAAUGUUCGGAUUUCUAGUGACUGCGGACGAUAUUGUAUACGUUGUGGGAACUAAUAGGAAAGGAGCUCUGGGAAUCGGAGGCAUACUGGAGGCACCAUCACCCGUAAAAAUUGACCCGUUGUGUGGACAAUCGGUGAAAGAAUUCGUAAUUGCUGGCAUUACAAGUCCGGAAUUUGCGAGUUGUUUUGCUUUAACCGAGGACGGACGAGUGUUUUCUUGGGGUUCUAAUUCGAACGGUCAACUUGGAACCCAUGGAGCUAAAAAAUUGACUACACCUGAAUUAAUUAAAUUCGAUUCUAACGUUAAAAUCGGUCAAAUUUCGGUUGGAGAUUUGCACACUCUCGCUCUAACAGAGGACACGGGAGAGGUUUAUUCAUGUGGUUGGAAUGCGUAUGGUCAACUAGGCCUGGGUACGGAUACGGAUCAAUAUGAACCUCGCAAAAUUACCGCAAAUUUUGGGAAUAUUAGAGUGAAGCAAAUUUCGUGCAGUUCUAGCAGUUCGUUUGCCCUGAGUGAAUCUGGAGAGGUAAGGGUUUUAGUAUAUGUAAUAGUAACAAUUGGUGUAUUCACGUCAACCGUCGGAUAUUUUGCAAAUUGAGCAUAUGUAGAAAUAUGCUAAAACAAACUGCAUUAAGUUGCAAAGUUUUAUGAAAUUUGCAAGGUUUCGAGAAACUUUUGCUGGGAAGGUAUGGAAUUUGUUACGCAAGGUUGCCUAACGAGUUUGGAGCCCUUGCGUAAUAAAAAAACAUUUGCAAAGGGGCACGUUUUUAUUUCACGCAGGUAAUUAUUUCGCAAUUUUAUCAUCACCAGUCGAAGCAAUUAAGCAAAUUUGUCGAAAUAUUAAAAUGGGUGUUUUUUAGGGUAGAUGGGCAAAUUAGUAUUUUGCAAAUCUCCUCACGAGACAAGGGUGUUUAGAGCUUCGCAUGUUUGCAAAAUCAAUUGUGUUGCUAAAUGAGACGUUUUCUUGAAUACGUGCAGAAAGUUUCGGCGCACAUAUUACACUAUUUGUGAAUUAAGGUAUACUCGUGGGGUCAUAAUGGUUGUGAGGAAUUAGGCCUUGGAAACGCUACAUCCGCAACCGUACCAACAAAACUAAUUAUUGACCAGCCGAUGAAAAAGAUUGCAAAUGGGUCAUACCACACGCUUGCAUUGACCUUAAGUGGAGAAAUUUAUGCCUGUGGUGAUAAUGCAAGUGGACAAUUGGGCACAGGAGAUACGACGAGGUUAUCCGUGCUAACCAAGUUAUCAACCGAUGUGGGAAUUUUUGAAGAUAUUUCCAGCAUCACGGGGAUCCAACAAAGUUUGGGAAAAGUUGCGGAUAAAAUUUUUGCAUGGGGUGAGAUAAAUGAAGGCACAAAAUUUGUUAAGCCGACAGAAUUAGCGUCAAAUUUAUCAAAUUUUCCACAUUGUGUGUCUUUCCUUCAAGGAGCGACACAAUUCAUGUAUAAAUCAUUGCGUGGGUCAGAUUACAAAUAAAUUUUAUAAAUUUUGAACAUA